CCCUAAACAGCUGACUGGCGGGAAAACGUUGCGGAAGUGGAAUAACGAGGGACACCAACAACAACAUGUCGGGAUGCAGCUGUGCGAUUCUGUGCUUGAUUUUUCUUCUGUUAACUGUCGCUUGUUCACCAGAUAACGUUGGUGGAUUGACAACUUACCAUGUGCACGUUGACGCCUCCAAAAUCGUGCAAAACUUGACUCAUUUCUGGGAGAGCACGGGAUUUUGUCCCCCUCUUCCUCACCAGAGGGCAGACCAGUAUGAUCUGAGUGAAGAUGAGGUUCAGAACUUGGCCCUGAUUGGCUCGGUACCACUGGGUGGUAUCAAACAGGUCCGUAUCCAUUGGCUACUGGAUCUGGUCACUGCAAGACUGGAAUCAGGACAUCCAGUCUAUAACUUCACCCUACUGGAUAACCUGGUGGACAACCUGUGGCAGAAUGGCCUGUAUCCAGGCUUUGAGCUGAUGGGAAAUCCUUCCAACAUUUUUACUGACUUUGAAAACAAGACUCAGGUGUACAUGUGGAGAGACCUGGUUUAUCAGCUGGCAGAUAGGUACAUUGAGGAGUAUGGUGAUGGUUAUGUUGAAAUGUGGAACUUUGAGACUUGGAAUGAGCCAGAUCACCACGACUUUGACAACUUGAACUUUACUGUACAAGGUUUCUUGAACUACUAUGAUGCCUGCUCCGAGGGCCUGAAAAAGGCAAGCCCUUACCUCAAGUUUGGUGGCCCGGGAGGAGCCUGCAGACAGCCUAGUUUCUCCAGGAUUUGUUGGGCACUGCUAGAGCACUGUUCAAAUGGAACAAACUACUUCACUGGGGAGACGGGGGUCAGGCUGGACUUUAUAUCUUUCCAUAAAAAGGGGACUCCAGGCUACUCAAUGACUAUUCUGGCAGCUGAGAUGAACACAAUUCACAAGAUACAGACUGACUACCCAAAACUGAAAGACGUUCCAAUUUACAACAAUGAGGCGGACCCUCUGGUUGGUUGGAAUAAGGCAGAAGAGUGGAGAGCUGACGUCCGAUAUGCAGCCAUGGUGGCCAAGGUGAUUGUAAUGCACCAGAAGUUUAUCAUUGGUGCUGGUAUGCCCUUCUCUCUACUCGGUAAUGACAAUGGCUUCAUGAACUUUCACCCCAACUACUUCCAACAGAGAACACUGCUGGCUAGAUUCCAGAUGAACAAGACUGAGCCACGCAGUGUGCAGUUUGUUCGCAAACCAGUCUUAACAGUGAUGGGACUGCUGAGUCUUCUCGGGGAGGAGGAAGUUUAUGGCUCUACUGACCUUCCUGACAGAAACAGUCUUAGUGACAUGAAUAGCCCUGUAGAUGUUCUGGCAGCUGUUCACACUCCCUCUUUGGAACAUUCAUCAGACAGCUGGCAGGCAUCUGUGCUUGUGUACAGUAGUAAUGACACAGCUGAAGUGGUCAAUCCAAUGGCCACAGUCCAGUUGAACCUAAACAACAUGAGACCUCCUGAAAACACCACAGACAUGAUGUAUGUGUUGUACCAGCUUGAUAACCAGCACAGUAAUCCAUACAACGUGUGGCUAAAACAGGGCAAACCUGUAUUUCCCACAAGGCAACAGUUUGCAGAGAUGCGGGCAGCAGAGGAUGCCCUAAGGUUUGGUCCCAAACCCUUCCCCACAUCAGGUUCCAUGUCCCUGUCCACCCCCCUCCCCAGACCAGGGGUCCUCCUACUUCAUGUGUGUGCCAAACCAGAACAGGAACCUGAUCAGACUACUUCAGUGAGACUUCAUAAAAUAACAGAUGACACAGUUUUGGUGCUGUGGGAUGACAAAUGUGUUAACUCCAGAUGUCUGCUAACAUUUGAAGUGGAAUUCUCCAGCUCUAGCCAGAAGGGACCAUACAAAAGGAUCAACCAAAGAGACCAGAUCUUCACUGCUUUUGUAUAUUCACCCACCCAGAUUUCUUCAGGUCUUCCAGUGACCACAGUGCAUGGUUGGUACCGUGUGCGCGCAGUAGACUACUGGGGGCGGGCUGGAGAGUAUUCACUGCCACAGAAACUAUAGAAUUAACACCACAUUGCUGACAGUGCUAUUGUUACUUUAUACUUGUGUUAUCCACCACAAAAUAAAAACAGAAUGGUGGAGGAAUUUUCAGUAGAGAUGUUGCAGCAGUAUGUAUACCUUUAGUGCUAAGCAGUGAUCAUUUGUACAACAAAGUUUAUUUAUUUAUUUGUUCAGCUGUUUACAAACAGCCAGGGCUGCCCAAU